AUGGAAGUGACGGUUCUUGAGGAGUUGAUAUUGCAAGGAGCAGGCAAGCCUCUUCCUCCUGAUAUGACAGGCAUCAUGGACUACAUGUUUGAAUGGGGACGCCAGGAUAGUCCACAAUGGUACCGUGCUGUUGUUGCUACCCUUUCUGAAAUGCUGGAGGGUCCACAUCCCUGUGAAAGGAAGGACAUCUUUAUGGAGUGCAUCUAUUGGUUAGCAAAGGAUAGGAUCACUGAGGAGUAUGACUUGGGCUCCAUUGAAGGCCAGAUUUGCAUGGAUGCUUGGCAUGGGUAUUGCAUCCAGUGGUACCAACCCAAAUUUUCCUUCAAGGAGUAUUGUAUGAUGAAUCAUGAGUUUGUGAUGUUGUGCAUGGAAGACCUUCAGUAUAAUGGAGGCCUGAGACCCCAAUUGGCUAUGUUUAUUGAUGGCAACAACCAACAAGGACUUUGA